AUGGAUGCAGACCCCGGCAGCGUUCUUUCAAUCACGCCCUUUCGCGCCCUUUCGCCAAAAUCUCCCCGUCUUUCUGCUGCCUUACUUCCUGCAGACAUCUUACUGCCAAUUUUCCAUAUAGCCGUUUUCCAACAUGACUUACUCCACAGGGGUACUGUUCCUGUCAUCCUCUCUCACGUCUGUAAAACCUGGCGUGACUUGGCCAUUAAUACCCCAACUUUGUGGACCACUAUAGUCAGCAGAAGACCGGGAAUUCCUCCUUCACUUCAAGCCCCGGAAGCUCAUGGCCACAAGCGCAAAACCGACCCUCUUGACGCAUUCCCUCUGAUUAAAAUCUUCUUAUCGCGUUCUCGCGACUGCCCCUUGAAUAUCUAUCUUGAUCUAAGCUGGUGUAAUUCUAAUGAGGCCAUCCCGGAAGUUCCUCAAGUUGGUGAUACACCGUUUGCUAUUCUGGAUAUUAUAGCUCCACGCCUUGGAAGUGUGAAGGAGUUUGAGGCUAGGAGCCUCAGCCAUGCCACGACGUCUAUUACUCGGGACAAGCCAACUCCACACUCCAUCCUCAGGUCUAUUUCUUUGUGCAGGGUCCAUACUGAGUGGAGUCGUUGGUCGGUCACGAAUCUCACCUCGCUCACUAUUGAUUACCUCGCAUACAAUACUCGACCUUCUCUCGACGACUUGCGUCACAUAUUGAUGGCCAUUUCUCACACUCUCGAGUACCUUCGUCUAUAUGGAGUCAUACCUGAAGUAAUACGUGGCUCGGAGCCUACCUUGCCAGCAACAAUCUCAUCCAUGGUCACACUCCCCAAGGUCCGUGAAUUGGGAAUCGGAUACACCCAUCCCAUAGAAGCAUUAGCGUUCCUACACGCGUUCCACUUCCCUUCUUUGACGUCGCUGGCCUUUGAGGAUGUCUACAGGCGCCUUCAACACGAUAAAAUCAGCUACCACGAAGCUAUCAUGGCCCUGCGCAUCAACAUUGAUCAUGGCCAGCGUGAAAAUGAUGCAUCCUUUCUCCUGCAUGCCAUGGUGAACCAACUGCCUAUUCCCCUCAACAAAAUUAAAUUUCUCAAGCUGUCAAGUGUUUGCCUCUGCUCCUGGCAGCCGUGUAAAAUAGGCAUGACGUCCAACCAGCAACCUCCAGUUUCACCGUGGGCCAAGUUCACCAAUCAUUGGUUUCUUCUGUCCAUGCCAUCCUUGGUGACGCUUGUCCUUGACUUCCCAGACGCUAUCAUCUUAGAUUGUCUCAACACGGGGUUCCCACGUUGCUCUUAUCGAGGCGAGGGAGAGUCACGACUGACUGAGAGUUUUUCCUUCCCGGUCGAGCAGUUAUCGGAACUCCACAUUCAGAACGUGAACCUAGAAACCCUGGCCUCAUUCCUUCGUUGUCGCACCUUGAUGGCCGCCAGAACAGGUCCCUGGAAGGUUCCUGUGUGGGACAGGCUUGAACUCCCGAUAAAAUGGCGCGAUAUGAAAACUGACUUCCAAGGUAACUUGGAAACAAUCACGCGACAGUGCUGGGGCACUACCCCUCCGACGUAUGAUUCAUUCGGAAAAAUGAACGGUAAACAAUCAAGCUUGGAAAAUCUACUGUGA